GUACUGCCACUGCGUCUUUGCUCGAGGAUAUCCUUCUGGCGUUCACCGACAGAAUCGCCGCUGCCGAAAAUGCCGGCUUAGACGAUAGUCUGAGCGCCACCCGGAACGCUCCCCAAACCGCUACAUCUGCGACGAGUGCUCCACGACCAAACACCUCCGGAUCGAUGGGGUCCGACAGCUCGGAGGAAGCCCGAAGAAUUAUUGUCACCGUCAACUAUAUCGUGGGAGAGAAUGUGGGUUUGAACGAUGGUAGGAGAGGCCAGCUUGUACUCUCGGUGCCCGACGUUCCUGCCUCGCAAAACGUGCAAGAGUUGAUCACCUUUGCCACCAGUGUGGCCCUUCGUGCGUUUGUCACCCGUGAGCCCCCCAAGAAGGGAGGCUGUACCACGGAGGAGUUCCUACAGCUUACAGUUUUGGACCAGGAGCAACUUAGUGAAGAACAGAGCCUACCAUGCUCGAUAUGCUUUGAAGAUUACGAAUUUCCAACCACGAAGAAAAGAGACUUGGAGACGGCGGAGGGGGGUGGGAGGACCAAGAGACGGAAGACCAACAACGGGAUGCCAGUGAAUACGGCGGUUUCUGAGACACCGGUAGAGACUGCAACUGGAGUAGAAAAGCCAGCGAAGGAGCUAUUGUCCGAGAGCACAAUAGCCUUCGAGCACGAACCCGUCCAAUUGGAAUGUUCUCAUCUCUUUGGACGGUCCUGUUUGUCGGAGUGGUUGAAGGCUAACACUACAUGCCCCUUGUGCCGCCACCAGGUUGUAAAAAGUUCCGAAGCCUCGGCGGUCCCGGUGAUCCCACCAAUCUUUGUGGUUUUGCCCAACUUGUCCGAGUACUACCGUGACGUAUUAACCCAGAGAGGCGGGCAGCCUAAUCUCCUCGUGUUGAACGGUAACCAUCAAUUGACACGGGACAACAUCCGAAGACUAACGGGGUUGGGUUACUUGAUUGCGGUGAGAGAUGACGAUGGGUCUGUGAUCAGAGCCCACCUUGGUGACGUGGAAGGGACUGAGGGGAACAACUCGGAUAUCAGAUCCAGACUUUUCCGGUGGAGCGAGCUCUCUAGACUCGGUAGACCUGGUACCAACUCGUCCGAGGCUGAUAGAACCGUAGACUUGUCGGUUCCCAACACGCAGGGUACCCCAGCGUCUGCUGAGAGCACGGCGCCUCCAAGCAGAUUAGGUCUUCCUCGCGUGCGCCAGUUUUUCGAUAGAUUGAUCGGCGAUAUCAUGGGAGGCCCCCAAAGAGGGGUAGGACUUCCUGGUAGACGGUUGGACAUGCUUUUCCCGGGAGAAUCGCCGACGGGGAUCCCGACCAGACCGUUUGAUAUGCUUCUCCCAAUGGGUGUGGCCAGUCGAAGAACCGCUGACGGGGUUCACACUUUCGGCUUCCGGGGCGAGAACUACGAUGAGAUGCCGAGGCAAGAAUCGGCGGGUAGCCUGAACGGAAACGACGGCUGAUAUCCGUGUAUAUACGGUUACCGAUAUAGUGAUUAAUUUUUGGGCGUAACCGCGUGCUUGUGGGACUGCCAGUUCAACUUUCUUAGACUAGAAGCUUGGAAAGCGUAUGGUUCAGGGUCUAGUUUUGUAUUAAUUGACGAGCU